AUGUGUAAAAAAGCGACUUGUUAUUUGUGCCAAAAGCGCUCAUGGUGGGGAUGUGGCCAACACAUCCCGUCGGUCAUGGACCAAUCUCCGCAAGACGAUCGCUGCCAAUGCGACCCAAAGACGGUUGUCGAGGGUAAAGAAUACCCUCCAAAAGCGGAAAAAGCGGACUGA